AUGAGUCUCCGCGGCCGUCUUGGUCUUCUCUCUUCGAUAGCCCUGCCGGUGCUAGCGGGCGGAGUGUUCAGCAAUGCACGCGUAAGCUGCGAAGAAUACAACCAAAGCGAUAGCCACACCGCACCGCCGAUGCGCCAGCAGAUGUCGAGCUACGUGAAGCAGCUCCAGAGUACAAUAGUCGAAGCAAUAUCAGAUUUCGACGGCGGGGCCAAAUUCCGCGUUGACAAAUGGCAGCGCAAAGAGGGCGGUGAGGGUAUAAGCUGUGUGCUGCAGAACGGCACACACGUCGAGAAGGCAGGUGUCGGCGUGUCCAUCGUACAUGGCAAACUGCCACCGGCGGGUGUAGCGCAGAUGCGAGCAAACCACGCAGGGAUUCCUUACGACCCACAAAAUCCACAUCCCCUCCCUUUCAGCGCUGUCGGCUUAUCGCUUAUCAUUCAUCCACGCAACCCGUUUUGCCCCACUGUGCAUGCCAACUACCGCUAUUUCGAGCUGUAUGAGGGGGGGCAAGAGGGUGGCGUGGACAAUGCAGGAAAUUUGGUCAACGCGAAACCCAUCUUCUCGUGGUUUGGAGGCGGCUCCGAUCUCACACCGGCUUAUCUCAAUCAAGAAGACUGCAGACAUUUCCACGGGACAGUGAAAAAGGCUUGCGACAAACACGAUGCGGGCUUUUACCCUCAAUUCAAACGCUGGGCAGAUAACUACUUCUACAUACCUCAUCGCAACCAAUGCCGCGGAAUAGGGGGCAUUUUCUUCGACGACCUCACACCCGGGUCGGAAUUGGCGCGGGGGAAGAGCGCUGAGGAGCUCUUUGGCUUUGUGCGAGAGUGCGGAGAUGCUUUCCUCGAUUCGUACCUGCCUAUUCUCGACAAAAGAAAAGGGGUGGAGUACAACGACCACCAUAAACGCUGGCAGGAUCUGCGCAGAGGGCGCUAUGUGGAGUUUAAUCUGGUGCACGAUCGCGGGACAAAGUUUGGAUUGAAUGCCGGCGGUGCGCGUAUCGAAUCUAUUCUGAUGAGUCUCCCGGCGACGGCAAGAUGGGAAUAUAUGACGGAUAUGGGGACGCAGGAGGGUACAGAGGAAAUGGAGAUGGAGGAGGUGCUUAGAGAGCCAGUGGAGUGGGUUGGGUAG